CCUGCCCCCAGCCCUGGCCACCUGGAGGGGCGAUGAGGCUCCACGUCCGGAGCAGGGCAGUCCUCGGAGCGCCGGGGAGGCCGCGGAGCCUCACGUGUGCCGCCCCAGCCGCGGGCGCCCGGAAGGACGCGCUGCGACCCCGUGGGAGCCGAACGCGGGAGUCGCUACCGGAGCGGAGCUGCUCAGCCGCGGGACUGAUGCCCUUGGCCAUGACGCACCCCCAACUGCUGUCUGCUCAGGCGUAGCCCGCGUGACUGAGUCGCCGCUGCUCCAGCUGUUUCACGUCGCCGUUCCCUUUACUGAAUAGUUUGAUGGGGCGCCGGGCGGAUGACAGCGGGAACGGUUGUGAUCACUGGCGGAAUCCUAGCUACGGUGAUCCUCCUCUGCAUCAUUGCCGUCCUGUGCUACUGCAGGCUCCAGUAUUACUGCUGCAAGAAGAGCGGAACCGAGGAUGCAGACGAGGAGGAGGAGCGGGAGCACGACCUUCCCACGCAUCCCAGAGGCCCCACCUGCAAUGCCUGCAGCUCCCAAGCCCUGGACAGCAGAGGCAGCCUGGCGCCUCUCACCAGCGAGCCCUGCAGCCAGCCCUGUGGGGUGGCCGCGAGCCACUGCACUACCUGCUCCCCAUACAGCUCCCCCUUUUACAUACGGACGGCUGACAUGGUGCCCAAUGGGGGUGGAGGCGAGAGGCUCUCCUUUGCUCCCACAUACUACAAAGAGGGGGGACCCCCAUCCCUCAAAUUGGCAGCACCCCAGAGUUACCCGGUGACCUGGCCAGGCUCUGGGCGUGAGGCCUUCACCAAUCCAAGGGCUAUUAGUACAGACGUGUAAAUCCUUCCACCCCGACCCGCACACACACCCACACUGCUGCCCUGGCGGGGGCCAUGGGGGUGAUGAAUGACCCUCCAACAGCCCCGCAUGGGCUGUCUCUGUUUCUUUGGCUUUUCUCGCUCCGCAGUGGAGGGUUUACUAGGAUUUAAGCUUUUGAGUGCAUUGAGAACCAAGACAGGGCCUGGCUCCAACUCUGUGGGCCAGAGGUGGGGGACUGCUAGGUCGAGUCUGCAGCUUCGCCAGUUUCUUGGUUGGGACACUCCUCUGGCAGCCCCAGCACCACCACAACCCCUUGCAGUGUGCCCCAGUCCCCUGGAUUCGCUGGACUGCAAAAAGGAGCACCAGGGAAAGCUCAGCAAAGGCUCAGGAGGCCUCCAGGUUCCUCGGGAGAUGAAGCAUCCGUGCCUAGGAAAAGGGGACAGAGGGCAAGGAGAGAAGUGAGAGCUACAAUUCCAGCAUUGGAGAAGCGAGGGGCGGGGCGUCAACGGCACUGCUUCAGGACGCGCUUGCUGAAACGAAUCCAACAGCUAGUUCACAGCCCAGCUUUGUACGUUGGUUACCAUAGCUACUGCUGUCGCUGUAGCUGCUCCCGUAGGGACGUUGAUUCCUGAACGUAUCACAUCUCACCUGCCCCCUUCCUCGUGGAACGUGUCAAGUUGACUUUAAAGCCUAAGGUGGCUUGUGGGGACUGCACCAGAAAGUGUCUAACCUUGUGUUCCCCGAAAUCCUUUCUCUGACUUAGGAACCAGCGCCCCCUGCUGGAGAAGUUUUUUCAUUUUUGUUAGCCGACUUCUGGUAGCUUAGCAAAGAGACCAGCUGACUGUCUCUCGGCCCAGCCCACCACGCCGAGUAGCUUGCGUGGAUGCAGUCCUGUGAGGGUGUGCAUAACCGUUCCCAGGUGUACGCGCGCGCGCACACGCACACACACACACACACACACACACACACACACACACACACACACACACCAGUAACCACGGGUAGGCACCAGGGGCUUUGUACAUUCAGGAGCUGCAGAGAGAGAAAAGGUCUCCCAUGUGCCAUAGAGAAGGAAAGGUCUGAUCCCCAAACAGCUUGAACGAAAGGUGGUUAACGUGACCAAUCCCCAUGGCAGACAGCGGGCUGGUGAACAGGAAGAGCACAGAAUCUCUGUGGGGCGAUGCUGCAGCGGCUGAAAACACGUCAAGUCCCCCAGAGCCCGGCAUUCUACGUGAGCAUCCACCCGUGACGCCGUGGAGCAGGAUCUUCAUUCAUCUCACCAGAGCAACAGCCCAGUCCUGAUGAUGGGAGGGACGUGACUUAGCCUUGGGAUUCCACGCUCGCGGCCCUCCCUUGGCCGCCCUACUCCCCAGUUUCCUAGCGAUGAGCCGUUUAUUGUGUCUCACACCAGCCUCAUUUCCAACUCCGACUUCCUACUUAGAAUGUGGCAGUGGCUUUGUGAGUGAGAAUCCUGAUGAGUUUUCCAGUGGCCUCUGCAGAAGCUGGCCCCCUUCUAAGGGCAUAGCUAACCCCCUUCCCACUCCUGAGUCACUGAAUUCGAGGAUGGUGGGGCAGGGAAAGGGCUGGCCCCCCUGCUGAAAUCUUGAUUCUGCAUUUGAGGAAGGUCAGGGUGCCGCUGGGGGAGCAGGGAGCAGGGAGGGAGGAAGAGGGGAAUGCACAUCUUUUUGCGCCACUAUUAAGGCACCUGUCACCUUACAUCUCAAUCUGGAAUCAAAGUGCCCUGGGUUGAGAAGCAGACCUGGGCUCUGGUCACACUUUGGUCACUCAUUAGCUCUAGGACCAGUCACUAAUCUCUGAGACUACAUUUUCUCCAGGGAAACGAGGCUUGCCCAGAUAGACUAACAACCCUUUAGUGCUCCAAGAAGUGAGAAUUUCCGAAAAAGAUCUGCCGGCCCAGACCACUCCCUCUUGCCCUAAUCCUGGCAGGGUCUGGAUGUAUUUACCCAACUCUGAUCUUGCGUGCAGGGAUGCUUGCUGAUGGAUGAAAGACCACAAUAAAACAAGAUUAGCAGCAAAACAA